AUUUUAUUGACUUACAUUAUUUUUUAAUUGUUAGUAUGUAAUUUGAAAGCAAGAACAGUCGAAAAAUGUAAUUUAUCGUUUGCUUUAUUCCCGUGACACGCCUGUCGAACUUAGCAAUUUUUUAACGUUACAGCAAUGUUCAUUAUUAAUUCAAAUGACAUUUACUUAAUUUCAAGCAACUAAUCUAAUAAAGUGCUCCAAGGAUGGCGAAGAAACCUCAUGCUCCCCGGAACAAACCGCUCCGUAAAGGAGUCAACCGCUACUCGCGCUCUGUGAUGUACGCCAAGCGAUACGCUUUCAAACAUCGCAAGAAUGUCACCAAAGUAGAAAAAAAGAUGGACGUCACCCAUAAGCUUAAAACUAUUGGUGGAGACAAAAAUGGUUCAACCCGAUUCGUACCAACCAAGAAAAUGCCAAGAUACUACCCAACCGAGGAUGUUCCCCGUAAGUUGAGAUCACACGGGAAGAAACCAUUCUCCGAACACAAGAGGAAGUUGCGAUCAUCCAUUACUCCUGGAACCGUCCUCAUCCUACUUGCUGGUCCUCAUCGAGGAAAGAGAGUCGUCUUCCUUAAACAACUCGACACUGGUUUGCUCUUGGUUACAGGUCCUCAUAAAUUGAAUGGUGUUCCUUUGAGAAGAAUUAACCAAGUUUAUGUGAUUGCCACCAAAACGAAGGUUGAUGUUUCUGGAGUAACGAUCCCUAAGCGAGUGAACGACGCUUACUUUAAAAGGAAGGAGCUUUCAAAACCUAAACAUGGAGAGGGAGAGAUCUUUGAGACUGACGAACAGAAAUACACGGUCUCUGAUGAGAGAAAAGAAGACCAGACUGCAGUUGAUAAACAAGUCCUUGCAGUUCUUGGUAAAGAUGAAUACAUGAAGGGUUACUUGACCGGCAAAUUUAGCCUUCAAACUGGCCAAUACCCCCACAACAUGGUUUUCUAAACGUUGGGAAGGCGAAAUAAAUCAUUAAAAUACAAAUGUUGUUAUUAA